AUUGAAGCAUGGGCUCCGCCUCCAUUUCCUUUUGAGUAGCGCGGUCGGUAUAAGGCAACUCGUAGCCAUCAUAAGAUGCUAGACUCCAUCUUACAUUCAUAUAUGUGUAUAAUAUUUAUCACUGCGUGUUUGCGUGUGAAAAAAAGAGCCAAAAUUCUUUGAACAAUGGAGUGGAUUCUCUGGUUAAUCUUUUUCAUUAUGAAUCUGGUCCUCGUGGCGGCAAAUAUCUACCAGUUUAUAUGUUUGGCAGAUUUGGAGGCUGACUAUUUGAACCCAUAUGAACUAGCAUCUCGCAUGAAUGCUGUAAUUGUUCCUGAGUUUCUACUUCAUGGGGCAUUCUGCAUUCUGUUUCUCAUGACAGGGCAUUGGUUCAUGUUUCUGCUAACACUGCUUCCCGCGUAUUAUAAUGCGAAGAAAUACUUGACACAUCAGCAUCUUAUUGAUGUCACCGAAGUUUUUAGAGUUCUUAAUGCUGAGAAGACAGCUCGGAUUUUCAAGCUAGGAUUUUAUAUAAUUUUCUUCGCCUUAGUCAUUACCAGGCUUGCCUUUUCCGUUAUAAAUGCUGUAUUUGAUGAGGAUGAUGACUUGCGGGGAUUCGGUUUAUCUUGAAUUUCCAUCAGUUUUAUGGUGGAGUUAUUUACUGUCCCAUGCAAGGGUAAUGAUCCCCAAUCAACGUCGGUACGUAGGAUUAGAUACUACAGUGGAUUCUUUUUUAUUUUGAUUUAGUAUUGUUUUAUUCACGGUAUGUUGUAAAAAAUACAUGUUGGGUGAUACUUCCUUCUUUUCUUUUAUAAAAAUUGAGUAUUCAAUGGCAA